UCACGGUAAACCGGCUCGGUCGGUUCUCUCGAUUCGUUUCUCCGCGUUCCUGUCUCUCUCUGUCUUUCUUUCUCUGUUUCUCUCUCUCUCCCUCUUGCUCUCUCACUCCUCCGCGCUCGCGUUUACGGAGAGGCGUUCUUGAUCUCUCGCGCGCCUCGGAUUCCGCGACCAACACACAACGCCCAGCGGCAGUGAUACCCCGGUUCCAUCGGCGCGGCGAGAAGAUCGUGCGCUCGUCGUCGUUUUCCGCGCUUCUUGCACGCCGCCGGAUUCAAGUGCGAUCGAUAAGGUGGUUUUGACAAGCGCACGGACCAUCCGGGUGAACCAUCCAGCCGCCCGCCAUAGCUCCUCCUUUGCGUCUCCGCAGUGAGGAUCGUUUUUGGAUCGUCCGUUCUGUGUGGAUAUUUACUCGACGCAGGGAAACGUCUCUCUCGCAAGGAACAGGACAUAGGAUGGGCCGAGCCGUGCGAACAGGUGUCGUUCAACAUUGAAGAGGAGGAGUACCUCAAAAAAGCGAGAGAAGCAGGAAAGCGCGAAGGAUGCCUGCUUCGUCGCAAACCGCCGCGUCCGAGCGGCGAAACGAAAGAGUGCAGACGCACGAACCACCAAAAUUGAAAACAACCUUGAAGACGCCUCCUAAGCAAGCGACCAAUCCUUUACAAUUCGUUAAAGUCGGACCAUGUUCGCUGUAUCGAACCGCGCAGGAGCAACUACAAAAAGUCCAAGAGGUGAAGAAAAUUAAACAGGAAGUCCGCGAUGAUCCUGAGGAUUGGCAAUCGAAUUUGGAUAACUGGAAGAGUAGCCGGAGGAAGCGGCAGGAACAUAUAAUCGAGCGGGUGGUGGAGGUGAAGAAACUCGAGUUAGAGGAGCACGACCGUCAGCGUCGUCGGAACAAAACCUUCUCAGAGAUGAUGGAGGAGCGCGGUAACAGAGGCCGUAAGCUGAGCAUCAGCUUGGCCAUGUACAACGACGAGGAUGCGAAUGAUCUCAGCGACCUCGGGAUCGGUACCAGCAGCGGCAAGAGCUCGGUCAGCGGCGAUACGCAUGACGACACACAUAGUGUUCUGAGCGAUAGAGACAGCGAGAUCGAAAAGAGCCAUUCGGACGUCGAUAACGCCACCGAUAUGACCUCAUCUACGAGCAUCGCAACGGUGACGACGACGACAACAGUCGUGACCACAUCAGCAACAACAACGAUUGCAUCAGCAACAACGACAGCGAUGGCGACGACCGCGGAUACUAGUACGGCAAUGGUGUCGACAGUGGCACCGACGACAACGACGCCGACGGCGACGUCUACCGCGAGAAAAAUGUUCAGUGGCGGUUUUCAUAGUAAUCUGAAUCACAAUCAGGAGUACGAUUCCGGUACCACCGCGACAACAAGCUCACCCGAACCGGAAGAGUAUACAUACGAAGGCGCCAUUCGCGGUUACGUGUCGAGAGUGUCGCAAAACAUACCGCGGAAAUCCUUAACCGGGAUCGAUUUUAAGUUGGAGGCGGCGAAAUCGUCAGUGAACGGUUCGAAGACGAACUUGAGCGACGACAGUAGCAAGUCCCCGCUGUCGGUGGUGAAGGUGGACAUACUGAAGCGACGCGAGGUAUUCGAGAAGGCGUCGCAAAAGAGCAACGACAACAAGACAAAUAACAGGCUGUCCGGUGACUUCACCGGUACGAAGUCGAUCAAAGAGAGGCUGUCGAGUCUCGAGAGACAGAAGUACGAGACGGAGAACAGCGAUAAUAAGCUCGCUAACAAGACUCUCAACCGAUUGUCCGGCGACAUGAGCUCUAUCCGGGAGAGGCUCACCCAUUUGGAGAAGCAAGCUUCGGAGCGAGAGAGCAAGAGCUCCGUUCACCGCAAGCUCAGCACGGAGGAUAUAGAGACGGUGAGACCUCUCAGGGAGAGACUGUCCACUCUGGAGAAGUACAGCAGCAGCGACGAGUCCUCGGUGCCGACCACGACGAAUGAGUCGCGCUCGCACAACGGCGAGCUUACCGCCAGGACGAUCAAGGAUCGUCUCAGCGCGCUGGACGCCGCCAGAGGCAAGGACACGACGGACAAACGAGGACCCGCGCACGUCGGCAAGCAUCCGCUCUGUUUCCGCGAUCAGGAGAACAGAGUCGACACGUCGACGCCCAGCGAGAGGAGCUCGUCGCCCGACUCGGAAUACCGCGUACCGCGAGCCGUCUUCCACAGAAGUCUGGACUCCCUGGACGCGGACGCGUCCAGCGGCCCGGACACCUUCGAGCGCGUGCAAAGCCUCGAGGAGCUUGAUUACGGACGCCAGUAUCCCGCCUCGUCGUCGUCCGCGGAACUCCUGAACGACACGGAUCGCGAGGACUCGGGUAUCCAUACCGCGGACGUAAGUUGCUCGGUCAGCCAAGCGGACGAGCCGAUCGAUGAGGAGAUGGUGCAUGGCGGCGCGGUCGUCGAACGAAGAGAAAUUGCCAUUGAGGAGAGGAUCAAGACUAUGUCUGUCAUUCAAGAGGACGCAUUGGCGUCGGGCACGACGGUGGAGGCGCCGAACGACACCGCGACGGUUAUUCACUCACAGUUCACCAACCGGGAGGCAGUAGCAGUGAACAAGGAACGGAUUGUUAUCGAGAAAGCGGACCAAGAGGAGGAGGCGGCCGCCGCCGCCACCACCGCCGCUGCCGCCGCCGUUGCGAACCGCCCAGCGGCUCCCGCAGUCGAGCACAAGCAGCAGGAAACGGCGGAGAUGUUGACGAGCGUCGGGAUGCCCGCUGCCGCCGCUAUCGUCACCAUGAAAAAGUGCGACGCCGACAUUGACGUGCACGACGCGCCUAACGCCACGGUUGUCACGCCGACAGCCGACCAUCCGCUGGAACGACCGACGAACCUAAGCUUAACCAAGCAGGAAGUCGGUUUGGCCGACGCGCCGAAUAUCCCGAGUCCACCCUCGCCGAAUUCCAAACAAAUUCUACCGCUAACUCUGGCCAACGACGAGGAGAUAAUUGCCGAUCAACCUUUCCUUCUGAGUCCACCGACGAGCGUGGAACCCCCGAAGGAGAAACCACCGCCGCCUCCAGUGGACGUCAGCGACGAUGAGAAUCGCCCGCCGGAGCCGCUCAAGAGAUUAAACUCCACUCGUAGAAUCAAGAAAGAGUUGCGCACGAGACGCUCCGAUUUCCUCGGUAUCGAGGGGCAGAUCAACGACGACGAUCUCGAACCCGAGUUAACGCUGACGAAACCACCGGAUAUGGCGGCGAUUCUCGCCGAGGAGAGGCGCAUCGAACAACUCCAUCGUCGCUCGUACGACACCGACAGUAACUACGAGCAGGAUUCGAGCCACGAGAGAGACUCCGGAGUCGAAUUAGGACACGUUGAGGACUGGGCGAAGCAGCCGGUUAGCCCCGACAUGUCGCAGCACAGCAGGCAGAGCAGCGAGCCUUUCGGUGCCAGUGUGACUUCCUCCGAGGAGGACGAAAUCACAAAGAAAGAGCGGGAGAUCAUUGAAGUUCUCGAGAAGGAAGAACAGUGGCGAUACGGCGAUAAUCGCGAAUACAACAGUGACUUGGGGGAAAAAUUGGCCCACAAACUGCGCGAACUCGAGGAGGAGAAGAUGCAGCUGGAGAGAGAGGCGAUAUUACGCUGCAACGAGGACGCAUUUCGCAAGAGGGACGACAACGCACGCAAGCAGGAAGAUGCUUCCUCACACGAGCAAACACUGCAACAGCAGCACGAUGAUGAGACAGCGAAACAGCGGGAGACCCAGGCGCGAACGACGGAGGAGGAAGCGAAGUACAUAGGAGACAAGCGAAAGGACGAGGAGCUUGAGACGCAGCCAGAACAACUGAGGAUGCAGAACGAGAUCGAGGAGAAAGAGCGGAGAGUCGCUGAUGCGUGUCGCAAGGAGGAGAUGCGCAUCCGAACGAUGGAGAGUCAAAUUCGCGAGCAAGAGAGCAAGGCAUUGGUCGGUGCUGGGUUGAGCAGCAACGAAGAUGAAUUCCCUUCCGGGGAAGUGCUACGAGUGGAAAGGGAACUGCUGCAAUUGGAGCAGGAAGAAUUAAAGAGACAACGCAAUAAUUUGGCCUAUCGCGAGCAGAAGCAGCUUAGAUUGGCAGAACAAUUACAGGAACAGUGGAAAUCCUUGCAGGAUGUUGCGCAGAACUCUAUUAAAAACACGCCACAGUACAAAUAUCAUACGCCCGCAGUGAAUUACAGAUCUUCGAUGCCGAAUUUGCAGUUUCAAGAUGUGCCACGAAGGAGACCACCACCACCACCACCACCAUCGAUCCCACUUACUAAACCACGUAUGCUAGAUCAAAGACAAAGAGAUGUUACAAUCAGAAAUAGCCGUAUACCAUCCGCGGAUUCGAUUCCCCAACAAGUGGACUCAUCGAUUCGGGAGAACGGACCGACAACGACACUUGGGAAUCACACUGGCCAGCAAAUGUCUAGACAGACGUUACAGGCAUUAAGCGCAGUACCGCGUCCACGAAUUGUUCAAGGUGAUCAGUGGGUCCAGCGAAGAAAGAGUGACGUGCCAAGAGGAGCUCACGAUGUGAACUAUCAACAUUGGCUCAUUCAAGAGGCGGAACAAAGGAGGAUUAAUGAGAGAAAUCAACGAUCACCGGCGCGAAAAUCUCAACCGCAUGUAACUGGUACUUCCGUACCAUAUAAUGCUCCAAUUCGCACAGAUAGCAAACCGCUACCCGAUUCUAUCAUACAAACUCUAACGCAAAGGGUACAGAAUAAAACGCAUGAGAAACCUCUUUUAACAAGGCGAAGGCCAGAGCAAGUUCACAAUCAAGAACAUUUGACUGUGCAACAUCAAUCGCCACAGUACACCCUACAGUCUCAAAAAUCGCAACAUGCGCCAAUCGCGAAUAACAACGGGAAUCAGGAAAAAAUGCUGAGCGUGAGCGGAAAGAAGAAGUGUUCGCAUUGCGGGGAGGAAUUAGGUCGAGGCGCUGCGAUGAUAAUCGAAAGUCUACGAUUGUUUUAUCAUAUGGAAUGCUUCAAAUGUUGCGUAUGCCAUGUGCGUCUCGGCGAUGGAUUGAUGGGAACGGACGUGCGCGUCCGAAAUCAUAAGCUCCACUGUCAUAACUGCUACUCCAGUGACGAUGGUGUCAAGUUCAGUUGUGUGUAGAGGCCUGGUGGUUAACGGAAUUACGCUGAUUGUAAACGCUUUUCGGCUAAUUAAGAUCUUCAUAAUCAACCGUUUAGUUACCCUUAUUUAAAAGGUGUCUUGUCGACACAGCAUAAAAUAAAUUGCAUAAACGUAAUUUUCUGACAGGUCAAAUACGAAGAGGAAUGAUACCACUGUCCGUCGCGCGAUAUUAUUAUUUUCCGUAUUUUUUAUUCAAGGUAGUGAGUUCACAUGUAUGCAAUACUGUUUCUACCAACUAACACGAAUCAUACGCGAAGGAUGUAUAUAAGAUGUAUUUAUGUAAUUAGUAUAGAGAUAAGAGAUCAAUAAUUGUUGAGAUGGUUUAAUGUGGAUGUAACUGGCGUCACUUCACUGACGCUGUAUAUUUUUGUAAUAUAGUUUCUCGUACUAUUUA